AUGGGGGUGAACGCGGUGCACUGGUUCCGAAAGGGGCUCCGGCUGCACGACAACCCCGCCCUGAAGGAGUGCAUUCGGGGCGCCGACACCAUCCGCUGCGUCUACAUCCUCGACCCCUGGUUCGCGGGCUCCUCCAACGUGGGCAUCAACAGGUGGCGAUUUUUGCUUCAGUGUCUUGAAGACCUUGAUUCUAAUCUGAGAAAAUUGAACUCUCGUCUGUUUGUGAUUCGUGGACAACCAGCAGAUGUGUUUCCUAGGCUUUUCAAGGAAUGGAACAUUACUAAACUUUCAAUUGAGUAUGAUUCUGAGCCCUUUGGAAAGGAACGAGAUGCAGCUAUUAAGAAACUGGCUACUGAAGCUGGAGUAGAAGUGAUUGUACAAAUUUCACAUACAUUAUAUGACCUAGACAAGAUCAUAGAACUUAAUGGUGGACAACCGCCUCUUACUUAUAAAAGAUUCCAAACUCUCAUCAGCAAAAUGGAACCACUAGAAAUACCAGUAGAGACAAUUACUUUGGAAGCGAUAGAAAAGUGCACAACUCCUUUGUCUGAUGACCAUGAUGAGAAAUAUGGAGUCCCUUCACUGGAAGAACUAGGUUUUGAUACAGAUGGCUUACCCUCUGCAGUUUGGCCAGGUGGAGAAACUGAAGCACUUACACGUUUGGAAAGACAUUUGGAAAGAAAAGCAUGGGUAGCUAACUUUGAAAGACCUCGAAUGAAUGCCAAUUCCUUGCUUGCUAGCCCUACUGGACUCAGUCCUUACCUCCGAUUUGGUUGUUUAUCAUGUCGACUAUUUUACUUCAAACUAACAGAUCUCUACAAAAAGGUAAAGAAGAACAGUUCCCCUCCCCUUUCCCUUUAUGGGCAAUUGUUAUGGCGUGAAUUUUUCUAUACAGCAGCCACAAAUAAUCCACGCUUUGAUAAAAUGGAAGGAAACCCCAUCUGUGUUCAGAUUCCUUGGGAUAAGAAUCCUGAGGCUUUAGCAAAAUGGGCAGAAGGCCGGACAGGUUUUCCAUGGAUUGAUGCCAUCAUGACACAGCUUCGUCAGGAGGGUUGGAUUCACCAUUUGGCCAGACACGCAGUUGCUUGCUUCGUUACACGAGGUGACCUAUGGAUUAGUUGGGAAGAAGGAAUGAAGGUAUUUGAAGAAUUACUGCUUGAUGCAGAUUGGAGCAUAAAUGCUGGAAGUUGGAUGUGGCUGUCUUGUAGUUCCUUUUUUCAACAGUUUUUUCACUGCUAUUGCCCUGUUGGUUUUGGUAGGAGAACAGAUCCCAAUGGAGACUAUAUCAGGCGAUAUUUGCCUGUCUUAAGAGGCUUCCCUGCAAAAUAUAUCUAUGAUCCCUGGAAUGCACCAGAAGGUAUCCAAAAGGUAGCCAAAUGUUUGAUAGGAGUUAAUUAUCCUAAACCAAUGGUGAACCAUGCUGAGGCAAGCCGUUUGAAUAUUGAGAGGAUGAAACAGAUCUAUCAGCAGCUUUCACGAUAUAGAGGACUAGGUCUUCUUGCAUCAGUGCCUUCUAAUCCUAAUGGGAAUGGAGGCCUCAUGGGGUAUUCUGCUGGAGAAAAUAUCCCAGGUUGUAGCAGCAGUGGAAGUUAUACUCAAGGGAGUGGUAUUUUACAUUAUGCUCUUGGAGACAGUCAGCAAACUCACAUAUUCAAGCAAGGAAGAAGCUCCAUGGGCACUAGUCUCAGCAGUGGGAAACGUCCUAGUCAGGAGGAAGACACACAGAGUAUUGGUCAUAAAAUCCAGCGACAGAGCACUAAUUAGAAAACAUUCAGGAGGAAUACUGUUCCAGCUGAAAUUGGUGGGGAGUUCAAUACUUUUUCAGUUGAAUUAUAUUAAAAUGUUCUUUGUUGAUGGAAAGCAGUUAUUUCUAAUUAUAUUUCUGUGGUUUUUAACUUUUCAAUGAAUUUCACAUAGGACACAUGGUAAUUUGUAUAUAAAGAACUUGGUAAAAGACUUUGCUUAAUAUAAAUAUAAAUAUCACAAUUAGUAUAGACCCAUCAAUAUAUUUUUGAUAAUUUUUCAUGUAUGGUAAAAGUUAAAGUGGCAAACGGAUAUUCUGAUAAUAAAAAAUAUCAAAGUUUUGAUUGUCAAUGUGGGACAAUAGGAGGUUUUUAGACUUUCUUAAAAGACUUUGUUAAAAUUUUUUUGACAUUGUUUGCUCUAACUUUGCACUCUUUGAUAAUAAUGUUUUAGGAAACGUAUGUAAUCAAAAUUGGUAGUUUAUAGCUUCUGUUAACAGACAGUAUAUGUUUUCUGUAUGUUAAAGCUUCAUGUAUGCCUGUUUGACCAAACUCAUGCAAUAAUCAUGUGUUAAGUUCUCUGUCUCCCUUUGUUUGUUCAUUUACAGUUACAGUGACCUUUGUUAUUAAAGUAUAUGCAUAUAUGGAA